GUGCAGAAUGUGGUUGCCGCCUCCUCCUCCGCCUCCAAAGGAUUGCGGCUGCGAUUGUUUGGACACGCAAUGGCAAUCGCUCGAAUAGGUUUAUUUUCGGAAAUUGCUGUUUACUUCAAGGAUUCGGUUUUUGGGCUUGUACCAAAUUACACCAAUGACAUGAAAUCAAGCCAAUGAGCGGAUGGAAGCAGUGAUGCUAAGGGUACAGCUACUGCCCUGAGAACAUCUACCACGUCACAUCAAUGUCUGAAUGCCUUUUGCCUUCUCCUGACCCAAUCGCACCCAUCGUGGACACCCCGCAACAACUGCCGAGUAAGUUCGCCCGACAGGCGCCUUUCACGUUGGCGAAACUGUGAUUGUGGGUCACACCACCACCGACACCCAUCCUGCCCGACUGCCCUCUUAAGCCCCACUGGGGUGCGUCGUGGGGAUGCGUGUGCAGUAUUGGUAACAUUGCCUGCCAUCCAGCAACAAUGGGAAAACUUUAAUGAGAACAAGUUGCUGCCAAAACAGAAAGACAGCCAGGCAGACAAGCAGACAAGCGGAUUGUCGGACGGACGGACGGACAGGUGUCCUUGCUGCAGAAAAUUCCGCAGCCACGUCAAAUGAACCGAGCACGCCACGAACUGCGGACGGAUUUCUUGAGUCCCCGUAUCGCUAGCAAGCUUCUUCGAGGAGCUGGAAAAGGAGGGCAAGUGAAAGCGCGAGUUGGGUCGCGCGGAGCAGUAUGAAACCAGGACUCGAAACCACCGACGAAGGCGAGGAGGAUAACGAGGGACAAGAUCACCACGAGGGGGACCCCCGACCACUGCCCUACGAUUUUGAAAAGGAGCUGAUCGAAAAGUCCAACCGACACAUCCGACUCUUUGAAUCCUUUGUUCCAGUGAGCCAAGUUUAUCCCCUGACCCGGAAGUUCUACGCCCAGUUUGACCAACGUCAUCCGCCGGAUCCGCUGCGUUAUCUGCGGCACACCUGGCCGGAGAAGCAGUUGGAGCACCAGAGGCAGCUGGUUAAAGCUGUCCCGCUCCUAGAGUCCCAGGUUUACGGCUGGCUACCACUUCAAAGCGGAAAACGUGCUGCCGAUCUUAAUUUUUUGCACGCUCCAAAACUUCGCUGCGGGAUGACGGUACACGGGGAGCGUUUGAUUGCGGAGAGAAUUACGGAACGACCACCUUUCAACGGACUUCGCUUCCUGCUCCACUAAUCCUUAGUCUUCUCUAAAGAGAUACGUGUCUAAGCGCCCAUUUUAACAUUUUUUGUUGAUUAUAAAAUGCAUAAAAUGUUAGAGCUAUAUAACUAUCUUUAA